AUGAAGAUGAACAUGCAUCACGCGCAGAGCUUCUGGCUUUGCACGGACGUGUGCGCGGGCGUGCGCCAUCGCAGUCGCGUGCUCUACCUCGGCUACGGCUUCAUCUCCUUCAUUCCGAAGCUCGCCCACAUGCAGUACAUGGUGCCUGGCGCGAGUGCCAUCGAUCAGCCAGCAGUGGCAGCAGCAGGGGUCGUCGUCACGUGCAUGUUGGUCGCGGGCGUUUCGGGCUGGUACUCCAUGGAUGCGGUCGCGGAGGACCACUUCUACAUCUUGGAGGAUCCUGGUGCCAGCCGAUGGCUGUUCAAGUUGUGCACGUACCUGACGCUUGCCUGUUACCUCUACCCAGUACUUCUUUUUGGACACUCUCAGCUGGUGGCAGAAGGCUUCGCCGUGAUCACGGCCUGCUAUUACCUUCUCUGGGCACCCAUGAUGGACAGCUCGAAGGCUGCCACCUGCUUGGUUCACCUCUGGUGCUUCAUGGCCUGUGUCAGAUUGGCCAUCGAGGGGGCGGAGCUCACUGGACCAAUGAGGUAUUGCCUGGUGCUGUAUGUUGUGGAGGGGACAGUCCUGCGGGUGAUGCUGACCCACAGCAGCCAUGGCUUGCAGCGGCUCGAGGAAGCAUCCGCCUGCGGGCGUUCCACCGCCAACUUGAAGAAGAAGAAGAAGGAGUUUCUAGCCACCUUUGCUCGCGCCUCAUCGCGGGAGCGCAUCACCUCCCUGGAGGCCUUUGAGCGCAUUUUUGCCCGCGUUGAAACUCAGAAGGGCUGCCGCGAUGCAUUGGCCGCUGUCGUCGCCGUCAGAGAGAGUUGGCUGCAUCGCAGGUCCUUGGUCCGUGGGCAGAUGAUUUUCUGUUAUCACUGCAUCGGACUGCGGCAACUGAGGCCUGAAGUCAUCUGGCACAUCUUGGAGUUCGCAGGCGCUGGCAUCUGGUCGGAGGAGGAUGCAUGCAGCGACAAGGACUCUGCAAGCAGCAGUUCCCUGACCAGCAUCGACUUCGUGAAGCGAAAGCUAUACUCUUUUUUGAUCACCAAGAGCAAAGGCGGAAGCGAUGACCUACGAUGUGGCGUGAACUUGUCAGUUGAAGCGCAGCUCCUGCGCAAGUACAUCGCAAACAUGGACUCAACGCAACGAGACGUGAGUUCUGAGCUCCUGUCGUCUGAGGAGAUCAAGGCCGAGAGCUCUUUCCUCGCUAUGGAGGUCCUGCUGUUGUGCCUCCUCGUCCGGAGGAACCAGCACCUGAGACGACUCGACCUCUCCUCGGUCAAAGCCAACAUCACUUUGGAGAUUGUUAAGGAUCUUGUGGCCAGUUUGCAGCAGCUGCGCGCCAGUGGCUGCCCGCCCCUGGAGGAGGUCUCCCUUCCCAACUUGCAGCUCUUCCUUCGGCAGAUGGAGGAGGGCACCAUUGACAGCCUUGACCUUAGUCGGCCCGCGGCUUACGUCGACCGGUCCACAACGGCCCCGCUGCUGGUCUACGCGCUGGAGAGCAGCCGCCGGCUGAAGACCGUGGACUUCCGCAGCAACAGCUUCGAAGCUGAGACUGAGCACGUCAUCGACGCGGUGUUGAACCUGGCAAGGGAAGGUUGCCUGUCCACCUACAACGGCGUGCCUGUCCAAGGGUCUGAUGCAGAAGAGUUCUCCAUGAAGAAGGCGCAGGUCAUGAAUCACGGAAUCUGCGUCUUCGCCUCGACAUACUUGGCGCGCACUUCUGCCCGGGCGCUUCGCACGUUGGACCUCCAAGACUGCGGCUUGGAUGGGCGAAGCCUCGGGGCCUUGCUCUCCGCGUUGCUUCAGUUGAACACAGUAACUUCGCUGGACAUCUCGGGGCAGAUGUUGAAAAAGGCCGCCUUCGAGGGGCUGAGCGGCUUCUUGCGGGCCGACAAGAAGCUAGAGAUCUUGUCUGCUCGUAAGAUCGGCGCGCCACGGUACGCUUCGGCGGAAAUGUUGGAUUUCGCCAAGGCGAUGGAGAUCAACAGUACCCUGGUGGUCCUUGACUUGCGCGAGAACCAGAUUCACGGCGGGAUUGCGGAACGGCUGAGGCGAACGAUGGAGGAGAAGCGCAGCACUGUCCCCCUCGCCUUCGACGUGAAGAUUUGCUUCCUCCUGUGCAAUCGACACCUCCCUGGCCACCUGCAGCUUCCCGAAGUGUCGCAGGUCUUUGAGGCCAGUCGGCUCUACACUGGCGGCGCCCACAGCCCACUGUUCAUGAUCUUCCAAUUCUGUGGGCAGCCGCGGCAGUUGCUGUUGGAUAAAGCAACUCGGGAACAAGGCAUGUCCCGAAACCUCGAUGAGCUCAUGGCGGAGCCCACGGAGGGCGGGUUCCCACAGAACCUCAUCCGAGGCCGCCAGGCCAUGCUGGCUAUGAGGGCCAUGCGCUUCGUAAAUGUCGACGAGGACGAAGGCUUCGGGAGAGCCUGGGAGAUGGUCCCACCCCCCAGGUCGCCCGGAGCGCGCAGUGAGGAUUCGGACAUGUCGCUGCAGUCUGUCCCCGGCUUCCCGAUGGGCGAGUGGAAUUUCGACGACUAG